AAAAAACCCUAUAGGCUAUAGAAGGCGAAGUUGAGUUACUGUACACAAUAAGGCAGAGGGAUUUUGCAUUGCGUUGGGUUUCUGCUCAGUAGUCGCCCGUCCACCCCAAAUUUGAUCGAGAAAAUGAGCGGAACAGCGAAGAAAGUUGCCGACGUUACGUUCAAGGCCGGCAAGACAAUCGAUUGGGAAGGAAUGGCGAGGCUUCUCGUCUCCGAUGAGGCUCGGAAGGAGUUCGCUUCCCUCCGCCGCGCCUUCGACGAGGUCAAUUCCCAGCUUCAGACCAAGUUUAGCCAGGAACCUGAACCCAUAGAUUGGGAAUAUUACAGAAAAGGACUUGGUUCUCGCUUGGUGGAUAUGUACAAGCAGGCAUAUGAGAGUAUUGAAAUCCCUAAAUACGUGGACACUGUCACUCCCCAAUAUAUGCCCAAGUUUGAUGCCCUGGUGGUAGAGCUGAAAGAAGCUGAGCAGAAAUCUCUCAAGGAGUCUGCAAGACUAGAAAAAGAAGUUGCAGAUGUCCAAGAGUUGAAGAAAAAACUCAGUACUAUGACAGCAGAAGAAUACUUUGCUAAGCAUCCAGAGUUAAAGAAGAAGUUCGAUGAUGAAAUUCGUAAUGAUUACUGGGGUUACUAGUUGACUUGAUGUAGCUGCCUGCUUUAUUGCCUUGGUGGACUUUUAUUUCGUUCAUCAUUGGUUUAGAAAUAAAAGAGAAUUAAUUGGUUCCCCGUUCCAUUUACGGGUUGAGUUGAAGAAUGUCAAAUAGAUUACAUAUUUUUGAGGUGUCAUUGCAUACUUUCGCUUAAGGAACCAAAUAUUUUCCAGUUAAAAAUGGAAUAUUAGAUCAUUUUGAGGU